AUGGGCUUCAGGUUCUCGCACCUCUACGCCCGUCCGGACGUCAACCCGGUCACCCUGAAGGCCCGGUCCGUGCCCGUCCUGAACCCCAUCGAUGUCUACGGGCGCGUCUUCUUCUUUUCCUGGUUCGGCUUCAUGAUCGCCUUUUGGGCCUGGUACACCUUUCCCCCUCUGUUGACGCACACCAUCAAGAACGACCUCCAGCUAUCCCCGGCCGAGGUUGCCAACUCCAACAUUGUAUCGCUGUGCGCUACGCUGCUCGUCCGCGUUAUUGCUGGACCGCUUUGCGACCAGUUUGGCCCCCGCAAGGUAUUCGGCGGUCUGCUCCUGGCCGGAGCCAUCCCCCUCGGCCUCGCUCCCCUCGUCCAAAAUGCCUCGGGCCUCUACGCCAGCCGCUUCUUCAUCGGCAUUCUCGGCGGCUGCUUCGUCCCCUGCCAGGUCUGGUCGACCGGCUUCUUCGACAAGAACGUCGUCGGCACCGCCAACGCCCUCACCGGCGGCUUCGGCAAUGCCGGCGGCGGCAUCACCUACUUCAUCAUGCCAGCCGUCUACGACGCCCUCGUCGGAGAUGGCCACACCCCGCGCCAGGCCUGGCGGUUGACCUUCCUCGUGCCGCUCGCCAUGGUCAUCGCGACCGCCAUCGCUCUCAUCCUGCUCUGCCCGGACACCCCGACCGGCAAGUGGCGCGAUCGCCACCUCCAAUCCCCCGGCCACCCCGCCCACGACAGCAACACCGACGCCGACACCGUCAUCGUCGACGUUCCCGGCCGCAUAAACGACCCGCAGACCACGGGCACCACGCCGACGCUCUCCCCGAUCCCGAGCAAGGAGAAGAUCCCCGCCGAGCUCAUCCGGCGGCCGACGGUGCGCGAGACGCUCCGGGUGGCCGUCUCGCCGCAGACAAUCUUCCACACCCUGACCUACAUGUGCUCGUUCGGGACGGAGCUGGCCAUCAACGCGGUGCUGGCGUCCUACUACGCCAAGAACUUCCCACAGCUGGGCCAGACGGCGGCGGCCAACUGGGCCGCCAUGUUCGGCUUCCUCAACUUCGUCACGCGCCCGCUCGGCGGCAUCGUCAGCGACCUGCUGUACAACCUAUGCGGCGGCGGCGCGCUGUGGCUGAAGAAGAUGUGGGUGGUGGCGUGCGGGCUGCUGACGGGGGCGGUGCUGGUGGCGAUCGGGGCGCGGGACCCGCACGACCGGGCAACCAUGUUCGGGCUGGUGGCGCUGCUGGCCGUGUUCGUGGAGGCCGGCAACGGCGCCAACUUCAGCCUCGUCCCGCACGUGCACCCGUUCGCGAACGGCGUCGUGUCCGGCCUGACCGGCGCCGGCGGCAACCUCGGCGGCGUGCUGUUCGCUGUCGUGUUCAGGUUCAUGGACGACGGGACCGACUAUGCCAAGGCCUUCUGGGUCAUCGGCGUGGUCAAUCUGGCCGUCAAUGCUGCCGUUGCCUGGAUUCCGCCUUUGCCUAAGGGUCAGGUAGGCGGGCGUUGA